AUGGCCGAAGUAGUGCAAUCUGGCCCUGUUGAAGCACAGGCCCGCCAUGUUGUCUAUUGCGGGGUUUGCACACUGCCUCCGGAGUACUGUGAGUUUGGUGGGACAGCGAAGAAAUGCGAAGAAUGGCUGAAAGAGAAACAACCGGAACUGUACCAACGACUCCACUCUGAAGAAGCCAUCAGCGCUAAUUUAUCGACACUUUCUAUAUCUGCCCAGGAGCGUGCAGCGAAGGACGCUGCUAAGAAGGAGGCAAAAGCUGCUCUGGCAGAAGCACGCGACGCAGAGCGCAAGGCAGCCUCCAAGGUUCAAAUCAAACGUGUUGAACGGAACAAACGCAAGCACGUCACAGUCAUCGCAGGCUUGGAAGUAUAUGGUUUAGAAAAUAAGAAGGUUGCCAAGGAGCUUGGCAAGAAAUUUGCAACUGGUUCUUCAGUGACACGAUCUGCUGCGGGAAAUGAAGAAAUUACAGUACAAGGUGACGUGAGCGAUGAUGUCCAGGACUGGUUAUUGGAGGUCUAUGGGAAGGAAAUACCAGAAGCGAAUAUUGAAAUCAUUGAGGACAAGAAAAAGAAGGGAAGCAGUUAG